GAUACUGCCGUACAGUCGUUCACUUGCGUCCGUUUGUUCAUUUACAGUGAGGUACAAUAAUAUCGUAUAAUUAUAAAACCAUAAUAUAGGUAAUAUCAUAACAUAUUAUUAUAUUAUAUACUGAAGUGGUGACCGCAGUAAAUCAAAAACCGAGUGGGUGUAUAUUCUAUAUCAUAUAGGUCGCUCUUGUAACCAUAACGGUCACUCGCCGAAAUCCAUUCGUUUCAGUAACGGUCCAGGACACUGCCACCGAUCACGUCAUGCCGAGCUAUAACGACCACACUACCAACCCAAUGGACGGAGAACGCGAUUGCGGUUCAUACAUGUCCUGCAAACUGGUGAUGUACGAAGACGGUGGUAGGGGUGGGGGUGGUGGAAGCAGCAGUAGUAGUGGCGACGACUCAAAUUCCAGCGGAAAUAGAGGCAGCGAUUUUUACGACGAUUCCGGAAGUUGGUCCGAGGACAGCAUCAGCUGCGUGGGCGCCAACACCUCUUUGUGUGGAAGUGCCGACGAGGGCUGCUUUAGCGGCGACGGCAGCAGCAACGGUAGUAGCAGCGACUGUGGCGGUGGCGGCAACGGCAGGGUGAACAGUGGCAAGUGGUUGAAAUCGUUGCGCACCGUCAUUGAUAGGAUGGUCAGGAGUGAGAGCAAGGGACGUGGCCAGAAGAGAGCUGUGAAGAGCAUCCUCCGGCCGCCGACCACUUAUAAGUACGUCAUCGGCAUGUCCGGGUUCCCGUCAAAGGUUCCCGUCUACCCGAAAACCACCAUGUGAACCAAACUCGCCGCCACCGUUCUAUCGCCGUAUCCGCUACACCUUUGGAACCUCAUCGACUAUUACUACGUACACGACAACGACUUCCGGUUAUCUUCAUAUUUCCGUAUCACCUCCACCGCCACCGCCUCCUCGAUUGCGUCUGUCAAGACACUCCGUGGAUGCAGAGCGUUGUUCAUCCCUCAGUAUCAUUUGAGAAUUUCGUGACGUCUUUCACCCCGUUGCACGUUGGUCACGCGUGGAUAUUAUUUAUCUAUGUUGGACAUUCAUCUAUUCCGCCGUUACAUCAUGGUUUGAAAAAAGGUAUAUAAUAUUAUUGGCUAUAUUGUUCCACUGAGUCUUAAAUCGACAGAAACUAGCCAUUUGAUGGAUAGAUUUUAUACUGCAUUAAUUUAUAUUAUUAUUUUUUUUUUUUUUUAAUAAUUAAUUUAUGACGCGAUGAGUCGUAAUGCUAGAUUUUUAAAUGUUUAAAUUAUUUUUAAAAAGAAUGUUCCAAUAUCACGUUUUUAUUAUGAUAUAAUAAGCUAACACUUGCAAUUUUAAAUAUUUAUAUUAUAUUAUUUAACGUUUUUGAGGCUCAGUGGACUCAAUAAUCUGCGGAGUCGAAACAAAAUUCAUGUACACCCAUAUAUAUUAGGUAUAUACAUAUUAUAAUGUAAAAAUAGAGCAACCAAAAAAUAGCAAUAGGUACCUAACAUCCAUAAAUCGUAUCCUUUAUUAUAUAUAAAUAUUAUUAUCUAUAGCUAAACGUUUCCCCGCAUGUUUUUAGACCAAAAGUAUUUUUUAUUUGUAGGGAUUUUUUGGACUAUCUUAUAUUUAAACGAACGCUUAUUAUAGCUAUGAAUUAAAAAAAAUAUUUCCUAAUUUCAGUAAUUUUGGAAUAGUAUAAACUAAACUUAAAUAUUUUUCAUUGUACAAAUAUUGUUUGACCCUCGUAGUCAUUUCCUAUUUUAAAUCUAGUGUAUUAGACGAUAUUAUGAUAUUAUUAUGUAUUAGGCUUACACGAUUUUCUUGGCAAGAUAGCAUUUAAACAUUUUUAAUUUGGCUGUAUUUUAAAUAGCAUAGUUUGAAUUAAAAAUAAUUAUUACUAUUAAAAAUAUAAGAGAGAUUUAUAAUACUGAAAUAUAUGAAACAUUAUUAUUAAUCUAUACCCUAUAGACUAUAGUACAUAUUAUAACUUCAAUGUAACAAUUACUAUGCCUCUCAAUUAGCGUGUGAUUUUAAUGUGUUUCGUAUGAAUUAAAUAGAUGUCGAUUGAAAUGUAACAAUAAAAAUAAAUACUAUGAUGUGAAA